GCCAAAAUUAAUAAUCAGUAAUUGUGUUGUCUUUUUGGGAGGAAAACACAAUAGAGAAGCGUUAAAAUGUUGAAAUCUAUUGCAGUAUUUGCCAUUAUAUUGGCUGUGGCCAGUGCUGAAUUGGUUCAUGUGCCAAUUCACAAGCAUGAGAAUUUUGUUAAGACAAACAAAGAUGUACGUGCCGAAAAGUCUGUAUUGCGCACAAAAUACAACUUGCCCCAAACACGUGAUUUGCCUGAAGAACAAUUGUCCAAUUCGUUAAAUAUGGCCUAUUAUGGUGACAUUACCAUUGGUACUCCUCCACAAAAGUUUGUUGUUCUUUUCGAUUCGGGUUCGUCGAAUUUGUGGGUGCCCUCUAGUCGCUGCUGGAUCUGGGAUGUUGCUUGCAAAAAGCACAAUCAAUACAAUAAUGCCGAAUCCAGCACUUAUGUUAAGAAUGGUGAAUCUAUUUCCAUACAAUAUGGCUCUGGCAGUAUGAGUGGUUUCUUGUCUGAGGAUGAUGUUAACGUAGAGGGUUUAACCAUUAAGAAUCAAGUUUUCGCUGAGGCCAUGAAUGAACCCGGCAACAGUUUCACUGAUGCCAAUUUUGAUGGUAUCUUUGGCAUGGCUUACCAAACUUUGGCUGAAGAUGAUGUUGUGCCACCCUUUUACAAUAUGUUCGCUCAAGGUUUAGUUGAGUCCGAUAUGUUCUCUUUCUACUUGAAACGUGAUGGUUCUGCUGUCGAGGGCGGUGAAUUGAUUUUGGGUGGUGUUGAUACCAGCUUGUUCAAAGGUGACAUCACUUAUGUUCCCGUUUCCCAACAAGGUUACUGGCAAUUUGAAGUGUCUUCUGGUUCCAUCAAUGGUCAAAGCAUAUGCGACAAUUGCCAGGCUAUUGCCGAUACUGGCACCAGCUUGAUUGUUUGCCCUCAAGCUGCUUACGAAACUUUACAAGCCGAAAUUGGUGGUACCUACAACAGUGAUGAUGGCAACUAUUAUGUGGAUUGCUCUGCUAUUGAUUCGUUACCCGUUGUGAGUUUCGUCAUUGGUGGCACCACUUUCUCUUUGGAGCCAAGUGCCUAUAUUGUUAAUCUUGAAGGCAGCUGCAUGUCCAGUUUCACUACUAUGGGUACUGACUUCUGGAUUUUGGGUGAUGUUUUCAUUGGCCGUUACUAUACCGUUUUCGAUUUGGGUAAUAAUCGUGUGGGUUUUGCUCCCGUUGCUUAAACUUUGAUUGUAAAUAAACAUUUUUGAAAAACAUA